AUGACAACCAGAUUACCUACUCCUCCUCCUUCACCUACCAUCCCUCGGCUCGUCCUCUGUGCAGAUGGGGGUGGAUCAAAAGUAUGUGUGGUGAUUCGUUCGAGCGACGGUAUAGAGGUCAAAGGAAUAGCUGGUCCAUGCAACAUUCAAAGUGUAGGAUACCAAGCUGCCUCUCAAUCAUUAUUAUUGGCUACCUAUCGAGCUUUAUCUCAACUUUCCAAUAUCUACAUCCCAUCCGGUUUAUACAUCCCCUCUCUUCCCCUUUUACCUUCCGAGGGUGGACCUUCUACAUAUCAGAAAUUACCGAAUCUCAAUGUAUCGGUAUUUCAAUAUGCUUGGUUAGGUCUAGCAGGAGUGAAUUGCGAUUCGGACGCUAGGGGAUUUAUGCCUUUCGCUACCGGCGCUCUGGCUUUAACCCAAGAUAAAAUAAAAUUGUCAAAUGAUGUCAAUCUCCUUGCUGCACCUGCAUUGGACAUAUCGGGUAUAGAAUAUGUCGUAACGGUAGUUGCUGGAACAGGUACAAUAGGCCGGACCAUCAGAGUAUCACCACCCACACCCAAAAUCUCCGAUCAAACUCAGACUCCGACUAGGUCAAACAGCAAAUUACCGUUGGAAGAUAUGGGUAUAGCCAGAGGAUGGGGAUAUCUGCUAUGCGAUGAGGGUUCUGCAUUUUGGCUUGGUCGACUAGCCAUACGGAGUGUCCUCGCGCUUGCUGACCGGCAUGCAUCAUCAUCGAUCUAUUCAUCCUCUACACCACCUCUGUUGGCCUUCCAUCGUGACAUACUGGAACAUUUCGGUACGACCGACCCUGCAGAUCUGAUAACCCUCGCCUCGCUCUCGAAUAGUAUAUUUGAUGGACUAGACAUCGGAGAAGCUACAGCUAAGAGGAACGCCAAGAUUGCCGGAGCGGCCAGGGUGGUACUCAAAUGGGCAUUUCCAGAUGAAAAUCCUGUGAGGAAUGGAUUACCGACUCCUCCCGGAAGUACCGAUGGAGAAGGAGAAGAUAGUAGCGAUGUCGACAUGGAUAUAGAGAGUGAAGCUGCAUUGGAAUUGGAAAUGACCUCUGGACUGGGGAUAGAUGAGAAAUCACAAAAGGAAGCUAUGAGGAUUGUUUCAAAAUCGAUUCAACCAUUGAUUGAAUUAACAUUAGAAUGCCUGGGAGAUAUGAGUCUGGUCAAAUUAGAUAAAACGAUUUUGGUUUUAGGUGGUGGGUUGAUGAUGUCCAAAGGGUAUAGAAGUUUAUUGUUAGAUGGUUUAGCGAAGACGGAGGAGAAGGUCAGAUUCAAGAGGGUACUGAAAGUUGAUGAUAGUGCUGUUGAAGGUGCGAGGGCACUGGGGAAAAUUGAAUUUGGAUAUUAA